UAUCAUCUAAAUAUUAUCAUAAAAAUGGAUCGUACAAGUUUUCCUAAUGCUCAUCCUACUCCCGAAUCAAUUUAUGCUCAACUCGCGUGUCAACACCCCUUCUUUCAGGCAUCUUAUGGGGAACUAUCUCAGGCGCUUUCAUUUGAAAAAUUUGCAGGAGCGGUUUUCGAGUCAAGAUUCGGAUUUCGAUCACAUAAACAACGAAGAAGUAGAACUGCCUUCACAACCGAUCAACUGAAAGCUUUAGAAGCAACCUUCAACGAAACACAAUAUCCUGAUGUCAUGACUCGGGAAAGAUUGGCAAUGUUCACAAACCUUCCCGAAGCACGAGUACAGGUUUGGUUCAAGAAUAGAAGAGCAAAAUUUCGCAAGCAACAACGUUUGAAUGAUAUACAAGAAGAACAACAACUUGAUGAUAUUGCAUCGGAGCACGAGUCUUCAACACAUUCAACCGAUGAUAAAUCAGUUGAGACGCCUGAUUCUAAUUCAAAAAUUCAACCCCAAAAAUGUGAGCACGAUUCAAACAGCAUAAGACUUCAAGAAAAGAUUGAGGACUACUCCAUGAAAAAUAUGCGCAACAGUACAACUGCACAUUCAAGAUCCAGUAACUCGAGGCAUAUCCCUGUUUGUGUUGAGAAUCAUACUCAAGAAUAUUUUCCAUCUCCAAUCAUGCCUUUGUCAUGGAAUCCGCAAUAUGCGCAUAUUUCAGCGCAGAUUUUGGCACUCUCACAACAAAUGCUUUUAAAUAAACAAUCAGCAUCAACGACAUUCGAAAACUUUCAAGAUACUUUACAUCCGUCUGUGAAAGACGUGAUGAAUAAAAAAUAGUUCGCGCAGUAUUUGAACUUGGCUUCCCGUGACAGCCACGCAGAGGUGAUCGAAGAAGCCACCUUGUGGCGUACAACAAUUACAUGAAAGAUUUCAAAAUUAACUGCUUGAUUGGUCCGCGUUGUUCCACAAUUACUGUCAUCUUCAUUCACUGUCAAAUGUGUACAAAGUCCUCAAGAAUAAAGAGUUGAUCCAACAUA